AUUGUCAGAUUGAUUAUUGUGUAGAUCAUUUUAGUAUCAAGUAUGCUUAAGUUGGCCUGCUACCAUGGCUCUGCGCAUCUCGACUGUCCUAUCAGAACAAUUGCAUAACAGGGUCGCGUGGGUGAUUCUUGCACAGGAAACAAUACAGCCUACCUAAGUGUGUUUUUGAAGGUUGGCUGGGGGUUUCAUCUCUCGGGCCCUCUCUGGGACAGGGUAUUUCAUUCACUUUGUGAUUAUUCGACUGUGUGCUGCUUAUUUAUGUGAUGCAGCAUUCUAUGGAACAGUAGGCUAGUUUACCCAGCAGCAUCAUGCGAAGGAUGCGUCAAAACGCAUUGCAGGGUGUCUGCUUGCCCACUUCUUACGUCACGCUUACGUGUCUGUCCUGGCAGAAUAUAAUUGAGGACAUGCGGGUAUUUGAAGGAACGCUGAUUUUUUUUAAUUGAGGCUUUAUUUUAUGAGAGUUCAAUCCCCUACCAGCAUCGGCACAUCAGUCAUUUAUAGUAGUGUUUUUCCGUAUGAAAGGUUUGAAAGAGUAUGCUCGUGAAUAUCUCACACCAAUCUUCCAAUGCUGUGCUGGCGAUUUGAGGUUGUAGGCCUAGCGGUUGUUGUCAGGCUACUACUAUAUGGUUAACGACUGUGUACACAAAUAGUUUGUCCCAGUCCUGGCGUGAACAGUUUGUCCACAGCGUGGACAUAAAACAUUGUGACCAGGGUCAAGAGGGAAGGUCUUUACUUUUAUGUAACAACACUUUUACUACGCCAGAGAUCAAUACUUCUGCAGUUAAGUAGGAGAGAGAAAGAGAGAGAGAAAGGUAAAGAGUAGGGGGCACCCUUGUGGUUUAAUUUAGCACAGUAAAACUGCACAAGGACGAGAAGAGCACUCCAAGAAUGUCAGAGGGGUGGUGAAUGACAUUUUACGAGAGGCCUAAAUGCUCUGGGGGUGAGGAGAUGGUGUUAUGGCCGAGAGGGUUGGCUUUCCCAGAAGUGGUCACUGUCUUACUGUCUUUAAUCUGCCACAACGCCGUGGCACAGUGUCCCUUCAUCAGUUUUAAGGGUUUGAUGAAGGGACACUGUGUUUGUUGAUGUGUUUGAGAUCAGGAAAAGCUAUUCAAAAUGCACAGAAAUCUGACAUUUCUGAGCAAAGCGUCUUCCUCCUUCCUACAAUGCACCUUUCACCACAUCAAAGAAGGUACUUUGUGCCAAAACGUUUAUCGUACCUGCCCAGCCAUAAAUUAGAAAUGACAAAUUAUUCACCAUUGAGAAAUUAUUCACCGUUCUCCAGUGUGUAAAGUCCUUUCCCUUUUGUCUGUACAGUGUUUUGAACAGUGGCUCUUGAUGGUCAGGAUGUGAGUUCACGUAAUUCAUUGGGAUUACGUAUUAAGAUUGCAUAACCACAUUGAGAGAGGCUUCUUUGAGCAGGAGCUUAAAAAGGGCUGUGUGGUGCGUGGGUCUCCAGAGGGAAGCUGGAGAGCAUGGAUGAGCAUGGCUGCACUUCAGCGUUUCAUCCGUGGGACCUACGCAGGUUUGGAGUGCUGACUGCAAACAGCCCGCCUGGAAUGCUGGUGUCACAUGAGGUUGUGUGGGUGAUAAUGCUGCAAGAUGUAGUCGAGUAAAUGACCUCCAGUCAUUUUAACAUGCAUGCACUGACCUCAGAAGCUGUCAGAAGCGAAUGUCCACUUUUGCAGUUUGCGUACUGGUAUAAAAUACUGUAGGUGUGUGACUUGAACACUGAAAUGUGAGUUGAGUGUCACCGCUAAAAGCAUUAUUGGUCUCCAUGGUUCUGCCUUAUUCUCUUGCCCUGCCUGCCCUUUCACUUUUUUCUCUGUCUGCCACUUUUGAGAGGAGGCAGGGAAGGGUUUCGACAGUAUGAGGGCAAAUUAGCUUAUUGAGUUACAUUCCAGUCUAUUGAGGCAAGGCCUCCCUUCUCGUAGAUUGAAUAACUCCUAGCAACAUGGCUCUUUCAGACAAUUCAGUCAGCGGUUGAAUAGACCGUGUGUUAGUUUGUCUCUCCUAAUAUGAGUACACAUAUCUGUGUGCGGCAUGCGUAUGUGUAUGUGUGUGUGUGUGUGUGUGUGUGUGUGUGUGUGUGUGUGUGUGUGACUUUCAAAGUGACCCAUUAUGCCAAGCAAAUGGGGGAGGUGGUAGACACACUAGUCUAUUCAAGAAUCCUCUGAAACACACAAACACACGUACACACACACACACACACACACACACACACACACAGAGAGAGAGAGAGAGAGUCACAUUCGGCGUGGUCUGGAAUUCUCUGCCACGUCAGAACUGAAAAGGCUGGAUGGGGUGGUCAGGCCGUGUCUCUUUAGCUUCUGUGCCCCGCGCUGCCCCUCACUGCAGACAACACCUCUGGACCUGACUGAGCAACAGCCACAUCCACAACUACAGACACGGAACAGAGAAACUGACCAUCAGGUGAGAGAGAUGGACGAGAGGAGAAGGAGGGGGAGAGAGAGAGAGAGAGAGUUGAAAAAAAAAACAAAUGUAGGGCAGGAAUGUAGAGGUUGGUGGGAGAUAACAGGAAUCUUCACAGAUAGGGAAUCAGAAGAGUCAAUAUAAAAUGGUGGAGAGAAAAAUGAGAGAGAAGAGGGACACGCAGUGAACCUGGUAUAUGGCUGUAGAGGAGAUAACAUGAUGGAGCAGGAAGGAAUUGCGAAAGAGGGAGAGAGAGGAGAGACAAAGAGAGAGAGAGAGAGAGAGAGAGAGAGAGAAUAGUUUGGACAGAUACACAGUCACAGUGAUCAGAGCUUCGUGAGGUGUCUAGUUGUGUUGCCUCAGCAACUCCUGUGAGACCUACCUGUAACGGAAGACUGAAGAGGACAGGAGGAGAGACAGAAGAGAAGGAACAAAGGCUGAGAGCAGACAAUACAUUCAAUACCAAAACGAGAAGACAGACGGGUCCAAUGGGCAGUGGGAGCAGCAGUGGGAGCAGCAGCAGUAGCCGGCUGUUCGGGACUCUGGCGCAGACGCUGAGCAGUCCCAGCAUCCCACUGGCGUUGCCGGCGGCGCGGGAGGACGACGACGAUGACUCGUGCGACCCCGCUGACCCAGACCUGCUGCUGCGCGAGUGCGAGGAGGCGCUGCGCAACCGGCCGGCACGCUGGCAACGAGGCUUCAUGCAUCCGACGCACGUGGACGUGAACCCACGCGGACCCAGCCCUGACCAACAGCCCAUCCGCGUCAUGCAGUGGAACAUCCUGGCUCAAGCACUGGGCGAGGGGAAGGACGGCUUUCUGCGCUGCCCGCUGGAUGCUCUGAACUGGGCCGAGCGGAAGUACCUGAUCCUGGAAGAGAUCCUCACCUACCAGCCGGACGUGCUGUGCCUGCAGGAGGUGGACCACUACUUCGACACCUUCCGGCCCGUGCUGUCCAGCCUGGGAUACCAAAGUAGCUUCUGCCCCAAGCCCUGGUCGCCUUGCCUGGACGUGGAGAACAACAACGGCCCGGACGGCUGCGCGCUCUUCUUCCGGCGCGACCGUUUCGAGCCGCUGGCCACCAAUCACCUGCGUCUGUCGGCCAUGAUGCUCAAGACCAACCAGGUGGCGGUGGUGACGACGCUAAGGUGCCGCGCGUCCGGUCGCCGCUUCUGCGUGGCGGUCACUCACCUGAAGGCGCGCAGUGGCUGGGAGAGCCUGCGAAGUGCGCAGGGCAGCAGCCUGCUGCAGAGCCUGUGCGCCAUCACCAUGGAGAUGGCGGUGCAGGACGCCAGCGGCACGGUGGCGGACGAAGACGAGGCCGGCGUGCCGCUGAUCGUGUGCGGCGACUUCAACGCCGAGCCGUGGGAGGACGUGUACCGGCGCUUCGCCUCUUCGCCACUGGGCCUGGACAGCGCCUACAAGCACUUGAGUGCCGACGGCCGCAGCGAGCCGCCCUACACCAGCUGGAAGAUCCGGCGCUCCAGCGGCGAGAGCCGCCACACGCUUGACUACAUCUGGUACUCCAGCCGCCGGUUCUGCGUCAACGGCGUCCUCGAGCUGCCCAACGAGGAGCAGAUCGGCCCGGACCGCCUGCCCUCGUACCACUACCCCUCCGACCACCUGUCGCUCGUCUGUGACUUCAGCUUCUCCGAGCCCACGCAGCCCCACCGGCUGCUCUAGUCGCCCAAUCAGCACUCUGAACAGAUCCGAGUGAUCACCGCAUCCUCCCAUGGAAAACAAAGGUACAGACUGCAGUGUCCCCCUCAUCCUCCAAUCAUAGGCCUAAUACAAGUUGGGACACAAGAGACCGUCUGGAGAGGUGGGAACAUAGAAGAACUUUGCUGAGGGACUUGAUGGAGGCACAAAACUAUCCUACAGACAAGCAUCAUCUUUUCUUGUUGUCUUAAAACAUGGCACAUGUUUUUUUUAAGGACAUGCAGUAUUGUCUAUCACUGUGUUUUACAUGUCUGUUAAACUAAGUGAGCAUGUGUGUGUGAGAGUAAGAUUGUGAGCGAGCGCAAGAAAGACAAACGGUCCUAAUAAGUUCAUUUGGAUAAUAAUAUGUAUAAUAUGCAUUCAAACUGUCCACAAUGACAUAUGAAAAUAUGAGGUACUGAAUUGCAAACAGAUAAUAGUAUUGGUGUGCAAUAAGUGUUACUUCAAUGGAGAGGAUUUAUAUCCCCUUAUCGUGGCACUAUUCCUCAACUUUCUGUUAUCACAAGGCUGCUGUUUUCAGAAAAGCUAGUUAUAUCCAAACAGGUUUUAGAGUAGAGCUCUUGUCUUAUCUUCUAGGGUCACAUUUUUGUUUUGGACGGUUUUAGAUUUUCUGUUUUGUUUAUUAUAUAGAAGGAAAGCAUAGAGGUGAAGUUCCUGAGCUAAAAUGACAAAAAUAAAUAUAACUGCAGAAAUCCUACCUCUUUUCGAACAGUCCUAGUGAAAAGGUAGUAAAGUAGGUUAUUAAUAGGUUUUUUAGACCUGACUGCUCUCAGCACUGUUAAGUUGUCCUCUAUUCUGGAUAACACAAACAGGUGUAGUUUGUCAGUUGUGCCUUUUAAGCUAUUCUAGUCGCACAAUGAAAUUGAAUUGAUUUAAAUGAACUGAAAUGACUUAAUAUUACCUUGUAAUUUAUAUCUUUAAUUUAUGUUAGCAUUUUUUUUAUUCUGUUUACUAAUUAACAUUGUUAACGUGCAGACUAAGUUGUCAUGUGAGAUGUUGAUGUACAUUCUGUGUAAUGCUGUAUGGUGACAACACUGGGAUGCUCCAUGAGCAAACUUUUAUCACAAACAACUACAGGCACUGCUGUGGUUAUACUUAAUGACAAAAGCAAAUAAUAAAUUGCAUCUCAACAAAUGCUGCAUCAGUAGUCUCAA